AUGUCUACUGUGAAUGUUUUAAGAUACUCCGCACUUGGUUUAGGUUUGUUCUUUGGUUUGAAGAACGAUCUGUCAUUUAAGACUGCAGCUUCGAAGAAGGAGGAACAAAAUGCCUUUGAUGCCAAAAUGAAACUCGUGGAGGAGGCUAAGGCUGAGUAUGCUAAAUUGCAAGCACCUGUACAAAAGAAGGCCGAAGUGGGUUCUACUAAGGAGGUCAAUUUCGAAGAUCCAAAUGUGGAUUUUGCAGCUGUCAUUUUGCAAGCUGUUGACUCCAUAAAGAGCUAG